GUCAGUCCUGAUCUGCCGAACCCAGCUCCAAUCUUUAUUUACUUUCGUUUUCUGGUGCAAAGUGGUUUUCUCCAGUUCCCAGUGGCUUCCGAGGAGUAUAUUCGGUUGUCUGCGACUGGUGUCUUUGUGUCAGUCACAAUGGAGGACAGUCGUCUACUUCAGAACAUUCGGCAGCCUCCAAAAGCCAGUACACCUGUGUUAGUGAUCUCCAAACUGAUCGUGGUUGCCAUACCCAUCACUCAGAUUGUUUUGGGGGUGACUUACAUGAAUCAGUGCACCCAGCAGACCUUCAUCCCCAUUUACCUGGUGGUUAUGGGCGUGUGCACCAUCGCCCUGACGCUGCUGUCCUGCCUGCCCUGUGCCCAGGAGACAGAGGACGCGGAUCAGGGCCCCUUCAGCAGCCUCUGCACCGCGUGGAACUCCCUCAUGUCCCUCUUCAUUUUCUGCUGGUUCAUUGCUGGCAACGUGUGGAUCUAUUCCAUAUAUCCUCCCAACUACGACAACCCCUUCGAGCUGUAUUGCAACAAGACGCUCUACCUGUUUGCCUUCUGGACGACCACGCUGGUGUACAUUCUGGUGGGGGUGCUGAUGACUGUGGGCUGCUGUGUGCUCAUCUGCAUGUGCCUGUUUGGGAGAGGGGGGCCUGGGAGUGGGUACAGUGAUGAUGUGUGAGCAGGGGGGCGGGAGGGGGGGUUCCCUCCUUUACCUCGGGAAUCAGGGGUAUAUAAUCCUGACCUUGGAUGGUCACAAUCAACAUAUUUUUCAACUCUCUUACCAUUAUUUACACACCAGAGAGAGGUCUGACUUUGUUACUGAAAGCAACAUGUGGUUGAAGUGCAGAAUUAGAAGGAUAACCUGGAUAGCUGUCCUCCCGGGACAGGAUUGGGUACCACUGAAACUCACAUAAUGUAUACACUCACACGCAUAUGUAUGUGCAUGUAUUCCGCCAGCUGUCUUUGUAAACAUGUCUCAUACCUGAAAUUGUUUGGCUCUCUCACAAAUAAUCU